UCGUCAGAGUUGGCGUCGUCUAAUCUGUUUAUAUUUUCUAUUUGUUGCUUGCACUAAUACUCUUUAUACAAAUUAAAAAGUUGCUUAAGUACAAAAAUACGUGCCACAAAUGGAAAUCGCAGAUACUCCAGAGCAGCAGACUGCGAGAACGAAGCUGAAACAAACGUAUGUUGUGACGAUAUUAAUGCUAUUGUUCGGCCAGGUUCAGGUCGUGGCCAUAAUGGAGAUCGAAUCCCUCAAGCGGUUUCUCACCAAGCAUUACUACGUCAGCUUGAUGAAUUUCUUUGUCAGCUUCAUAUCGAUACAGCUGUAUGUGUUCUUUUAUAGCAUGCUCGAGCGCAAAUCGAAAUGGAUACGUUUAUUUGUCGGAAUCUGGACGUACGAGGUGAAUACCAUUUCAAUAAUGAAGCCCGCUAAGACAGCUCCAUUUAUUUCCCUGGUCGUAUCCUGGGCGCUUACCUUCGUUGUCAUGGCCAUUAGUUUCAUCUAUGGCAACUGCGCUGUAGCCCAUCAACGUGGACUCUUCGUAGUGUCACGCCACAAUGUGAUACGCUGGAGUGAGCGUAUGUAUGUGCUGACGUGCUUUGGCAUCAUCGUCUGUGCAGAGAUGAAGCAUAUAUCGAUCGAGUUUCCGGCGCUCUUCAUUUACACUGUCAUGUCAAAUAUUUUUGUUAUUGUAUUUGCUGCCUCGAUACGAAAGCCGAAAUUUUAUCAGUCGGAGGACAUCGCCGAUCACAUACUCAUCGGUCAGCUAUAUUAUUUGAACAUCUUUGCCCUGUACAUGAGCUACGUGUGGACGACAGCAGCUGGCAUCGAUUUGAUCAAAACGCACUUAUCGUUCAGGUAGCGUCCAGUCGCCUGGCUGGCAGUGUUGCCAUUUCCAUGUAGCGCAUGCGCCUAUGAGUGCUCAACAACAGCUGUUGCACGCACACACACACGCGACAUAAACUUUGCCUCCAUAACAUUUAGUUCGGGAACAUUGCAAAUGCAAAUUGGGAACUUUUUGUUGCCUGCUGCUGCUGCUGUUGCAGAGGACGAGUCAUUAGCAGAUCUUCCUCGUGUUCCUGAUUUGUGCUCCAGUUUGAAGCCAGUUUGUAAUCGACUUUUCUCGUGCUCGUAUUCAUUCGCCAUUCAGUGUUUGGGCCUUCGUCCUUGUCGUAGUUUUUCGUGGCUUAAAAUCGAUAGCAAAAAAAAAGUUUUCAGCGCAGCGACAGAAUAAAAUUUGUAGCAGAAAGUUCGUAGAUAAAUAUGUAAAUAAUACUAUUUCACAUCAAUCUGCACAAAAUGUUCGCGAUUCAUUCAAGCAAAUUUAUGUCGCACGUUCGCCACGAAAUUAUAUCAAAUACAUGCCAUUUCAUAUAGAGGUGUAAUUACAAAAUAUAUAAAUAUAUAUAUAAAUUUAUGUGUAUAAGUGUAUAAUAGAUCUAUACAGA